CCGUGGAGAUGCUUUCGGCGCCCCUCCCUCCCUCCCCAAAGCCUCUGGAACCUAUCAUUUGAAUUAGCCGAGUCAGGCCGGGAGGGGGCGAGGAGUCCUCCCGCCCUGCUUAGGAGGGGCUGCAUUGCAGGGGGAGACGGCUGCAGACUGUCACUGGAGGGAGGAGUGAGCAGACAAAGCCGGCGAAGCCCCUACCAGCUUCCUUUCUCUGCAUCCCCACGCCAGCCGGAGCCUCUGAGGCACUCCCUCGAUCUUUGGAACACGCUAGUUAUUCAUUGAUAACAGGAAGCUAUGCGGGAUCCUGUGAGUAGCCAGUAUAGCUCCUUUCUUUUCUGGAGGAUGCCCAUCCCAGAACUGGAUCUGUCAGAGUUGGAGGACCUGGGUCUCUCAGAUACAUCCACCUUCAAGAUCAAAGACAGCGGCCCAGGCAAAAUGACCGGACAAGCAACUGCAGCAGAGCAGAAGAAAAAUCCUGAAGGCGAUACUCUCCUUGAAUACAGCACCUUCAACUUCUGGAGAGCUCCCAUUGCCAGCAUCCACUCUUUUGAUUUGGACUUGCUCUAAGCUAAGACCUCUCCCACCUUCUUACCCUCACUGUCUUCCCUUUGAAGCUCUUUCCUGUCCCUUUCCCAUUCCAACCUUGUUCUCUUUUCUCUAUUGUGUUGGUGGUGCUGACUUGCCAGUUGGAUUGUGUCUAUCUAUCUAUUUAUUUAUUUAUUUAUCUAUCUAUUUAUUGAAUGAUUGAUAUACUCCAAUUCUCUCAAAAGCCUUCACAAAGUAUAGGGUUCAAGCAAUGGAGUAGUUGGUAACAGAGAUUCCUCACACUCCAAACUCCAGAAUCAUUAAUGCCAGGAAAACAAGGUUUAUGGGGAAGGAGGGGACUAAAGAGUAGUGCUGUAGUGAAAAGUGGAAGGUUAUUUCAUUCUAUUUUAGUCAACUUCAAAGAUUACUCACAUCUUCCUAAUUCCCUACUUUAGGUCAAUAAAUAUUUUCUCAAUGGUGAAAAUGUGGAAAUUUUCAGAUAUUUCCUACAAAACAAGUAGGAUUUCUAAAAUAUUAAGGUAAUAAGACUCCUGCUUUUUUGAGUCUGCUCCUUAUAAUACAGUCUAUGCCCCCCCAAAUUUGGGGGUAGUUUAAUAAAAAUGGAGGAAAUAAUACAUCAUGGAAAAUAAAAAUAGAGGAAAGUACUAAAACAUUUCAGAAAUACUUAAGUACUCUCUCGAGAACUAGCUUUACAACUUUGCCCCAUCUCUCUGCUGAAAAUUAGAACUGAGAAAAACAUUUUAAAUAUUAAAAAGUAAACUUUCUAUUUGUAAAGUUUUGACUCAGUCAUGUAACAGGCAGAGGGCUCGGUCCUCUAUAUUUGUCUCCCUACCUCACCCUGAAUUUUCAAUAUAUAAAAUAGACCAAUGGGUCUCAGGCCCUAUACCUUGUUGUUCCACCCCUUCCACAAUUAUUACUGCUGAUUUGUGCUGCCAUUUACUCAUUUAUUUAAUAAACACAUUAAAUCCCAAGGCUGGAUUCUAGUUCUCUCUCCCCACAGGGAAGCAGUAUAUACCCAGAAAUUUCUCCUGCCUACACACACAGCAUAUAAUUUAUCUUUCUAAUAUUCAGCUUUGAGGAAGAACAAUUUUGAAUAGCAUUUAUACAUGGUACACUUCAGGUAGAACAGGUAAUAAAAGGUGAGAUCAAUUUAAAAUUAAUGUAGUUAAAAUUAAGUAGAAAGUUCUGCUUGACCAAAUGUUAUCGCAUAUUUCUAACUCAUCUCAUUCCAAGAUUUAUUUGGAACCAACUUACAAAUUGUUUGUGUUCCUACUACAUGAAAGGCAAAGCCAGAC